CUUGAUCAAAACACCCUCAAUGAAACACAAGACUUACGCAUACCAGCUCAUACCCUUUACUGGGCCGUUAGCGACGGCGUCCAGCACCGACAAGAUGCGUACGUGGACAUGGAGAAGCAAACCCGCGCGUACCAAGCGCGAGCAACAUCCGCCGUACAGAACCGCCUCUUCGCACCACAAUCACAGGUUGCAAGGGCGAUACGGCAUCCAUGGAUGGAAGGGGCAUCUUCAGGGACUUCCCGACUGCAGAUAUUCGAAGUGGAAGGCAACUUGUCUGGCGUCACGGAUGAGCGGUCGGCGGACAAUUCCGUGCGAGAUCUCCUCAUGGACUGGACGAGUGCGCCGGAAGAGGCGGUUCCAGGCCAAGGGACAAGAGUGACGCGUAGAAUCAUCAUCGUCGAGGAUCUCAUCCCACGGAUAGCAGAGCUGCUAGGUGUCAGACUCGAUAUCCCGCCGGAGUUCUUUCUCGCACACUGCGACGAGUUUGUCAACCUGAGCAUCGUGGAUGCAACCUGCACGGUACAGAGUGGCAAGUAUUGGCGUGUGCCGAUACCACAACGACGUGCGUUGCCGGUGAACUUCAGUGGGCCGUACGGUAUAUGGCAUCUUGAGUGUGGUGUCUUUGGUCGGCAGGAUGCGCUGCUGUCUGAGGCGGUGGGGUCGCUGAGGUAUAUGUCUCAUGCUUCGUGUUGGGCGACGACGUAUGGGGAUGGGUCGUGGACGAUCCUGGUCCUGCUUGAUCCACAUCAAGCUAUCAUUCGACGAAAGGAGAAUCCCUCCCAUUGCAUAGAGCUCCAGAACUACCCCUACCUACGAAAGCUAUGUGCUGAAGUCUUCCCGAGUGCAUCUGGUGAUGCACCUACAUGGCCAGACCACAGGCCGAUAUUCGAUGCCUUAGUUAAAGCACACUCUGAGGUGCCCAUUACAGUAGAUUCUGAUCCUUUCUCUGGGACUACCUACCUCCGCAACCUAGUUCGAUCCUCCUGGGAUGAACGUAUCCGCAGAAACGAACUCGGAGUACAUGACCAAUUAUACCAGGACGCAACCCGGCAACACGUAGCGAGCAAAUCCGAAGACCUAGACGGCGAACUCUACCAAGCAUUGAUACAAAACCGGCAAGACAUCCAAGAGAACAGAAAGUUCCUUCGGGAAAUCAGCCAGGCGUUCUUCUACCAGGACUGGGAUCAACAAACGGGCAACGUCAACGCCAACGCUCUCAGCCUCGCCAUCAACAGAGAGAAGAAGCUCUGGGAGAUCCUCGACGAGAAGCUCGUCAUUGCGGAGGUCACCAUCGCAAAUCACAUGGAGAUGCACGCGCAGCGAGCGGCGAUGAGGUCGGCGUUCACGGCGAACAGACAGGCGAGGAGUGCGGGCCAGCUUACCAAGAUUGCGACGGUUAUCGUGCCUUGUACGUUCGUGGCGUCGAUCUUCUCGAUGGGGGGUUCCUUCGCUGCGGGUGAGCGGCUGUUUUAUGUGUAUUGGCUGAUCUCGAUUCCGGUUACGGUUUGUCUGUUGACGUGGGUACUGCAUGAUUGGCAACCGCUGUUUGAGAGAUUCAAGGAGAGUUGGACAGCGAGGAGAGAUGGGCGUCGGAGUCAGUUGAGGGAUGAGGAGAAGGGGGGGAAGCGGGAAAAACAGUUUUAAGCUUGGCUUGUUUCUACGUAUCCGGACUUCAAGACUCAUUGACGCUGUGGAGACAGGAAGGUAGAAACGAGCUGUCAAGGGGGUUAGAGAUGAGGAUCCAGUGGAGCUUUUGUUACCCGAUUGAGCUUCUUUCUGAUUUUCGGUUUCAUCGUGGGAUUUACAUUAUGGCCAGGGGGCCUUCAUACCAUUGAACUUACAUACUUGAUUCACUUAGAUAUACAGACAUCAUAUCAGAUAAAAAAAUGUAAUGCUAAUG